AUGAAGGUUUCUUCAUCAGGAUAAAUAUCAUUAGUAGAACACAAAAUUUCAAGAGAAAAGUUUAUUUUAAAGGAAGUAUAAAAAAAACACAUUAGUAACAUUAGCUAAUUCUAUUCAGAUAUAGGAGUAGUUCUUAAAAUUGAUCAUCCAAAUAUACUAAAGGUAUUCUAAGUUUACGAAAGUAUAGAUAAAUUUCAUAUUGUUGAAGAGUACUGCUAAGGAGGAUCGGUGCUAGAAUUUGUAGCCAAGAAGUAGAACUAUAAUGAAAGGCAAUGUGCUAAAAUAGUUUAAUAAAUAUGUUCUGCAUUACUACACAGCCAUUAAAAAGCAAUUAUACAUUAGAAUAUAAAAUCGUCAAAAAUAUUGCUAAAAUAUAAAAAUGAUGAUAACUCUAUUAAGCUGAUUGAUUUAGGAAUUAAUUUAUAAAGCAAAGAUAAGAAAUAAUCUGAAUCAUAAUUACCAUAAAUUCAAGAGUUACCUUUCUUAGCCCCAGAAUAGCUUGAAGGAAGAAAUAUUGAAGUGAGCAAUAGUUGGAAUGUUGGGGUAUUUUUGUACAUUCUAUUUUCUGGUUAGCAUCCCUUUUAAAGCUUAGAUCCUCAAAAAUCUUUAGACCAAAUAAAAAAGGGUAUAUUUACAUUCACUAAGUAGUGUUUCCAUAAUUGCAGUGUGGAACUUAAAGACUUGCUAUCGAAACUGCUUACUAAAAAUGAAAGAAAGCGAAUCAGUAUAAAAUAGUGCUUAGAUCACGAGUGGAUAAUUUAGUCAGACAACUCUCCUAUUUUCGAUUAAUCAUUGACUGAGAAGACUUUUGCGAAUCUUAAAAAAUUUUACUCACAAUUUAUUGAUGAAGUUGAUUAUGAAGAAGAAUAGAGGCUUAAUGCAUUGAAAAGAUAAUAAGAAGAAGAUGAGAGGAGAAGGCUGGAAGAAGAGAGAAGAAGACUUGAAGAAGAAAUGAGAAGAAUGGAGGAAGAAAAGGAGAGAUUGAGAAGGCUUCAAGAAGAAGAAGAGCAAAGAAUGAAAUUAGUUCAAGAGGAAAAUUUAAAAAGGAGAAUGCUAAUGUCUCUUGUUGGUAAAAUUCCUUAGCAUUACAUUGAUAAACUUCAGGCUGUUUUUACUGCAAUCGAUGAAAAUGGAAAUGGACAACUUUCUUUAGAUGAGCUAUUAACAGGUAUGGCUAGAUUUUAGUCGGGAGCUAACAAAUUUAGUGAAGAAGAAUUGAAAGAUAUUUUUUAGAAGAUGGAUGAAGAUAAUUCUGGAGAAGUAAGCUAAGAAGAAUUCAUUCAUGCUUUUGCAGAAUAGUUUUCAAUCAAGAAUAAGAAUAUGAUAUUAUAAUCAUUUAAAUAACUUGAUUAGGAUGGAAGUGGUAUUGUAAAUUUAGAAGAAUUUACAUAUUUACUUUAGAAUGGAAAUUUACCUUUGGGUGAAGUUUCUGUAGAAUAAAUUUUAGGCUUUAUUAAUGACAACAACUAAGGCAAAAUCAAUUACAUAGAUUUCUUUGAAGGACUUCAAAUAACUGAAUGA